UAAAUCAUUGAGUGACCACACCCUGGAUGAGGGAGAUGAGGUUUCUCUUUAAACCGAUGUUCGAAUCCUCAUCAGGAUUUAGCCAAGUAUACUCGAAUUUUUCCAUUCACGCACUGAACCAGAGAAAAAUGGCGAUGGAAGUGGAAAAGGCUCUUGCUGCAACUCCUGGUGGAGACACAAUUUUCGGUAAAAUAUUACGAAAGGAAAUGCCUUGCAAUUUUAUUUAUGAAGACGAUCAGAAAGGAAACGCAAAGAGGACAUUGUUUACCGGCGAGGAUGCUUUUCAAGAGAACGAAGACCGUUUGAUGAGAAGCAGAAAAAAUCUGUUUUUAUCUGAUGAGUCGAUCUCUUCUGACAUAAGUGAAAAAACAUUCGAGUUACAAAUGUCACAAGAAGAUAGAAACGGUUGUCCCAAGGAUAUCACAUGGAUAACCUAUCGGAUAUCCCGCAAGGCGGAAAUUUGGAUAUCCCAGGGAUCACCCCAGGAUAUCCCUGGGACGUUUCCAGAAAAAGGUGAACUGCUAACUCACCCAGCAGAGACUGCACAACCCAGCACUUCAGCAAUUCCAAAAAGUAGUUCGUGUGCAUGAGAAAGUACACCAGCGAUUUUUCCAUAAAAAGAAAGAGUCGAGCCCUCACGAAGAGAGAAUGAUAAUGAUGGAUUAACUGUGCACUGUGGACCUCAAAUGAACCACAGAGCUGCUCAACCACGUUACGAGUUCCUGCUUAGACAAAUUGAGAAUAAUGGUUCAUCUGUGCACCGCGGACCUCAAAUGAACCAGAGAGAUCCCCAACCUCGUUACAUUUCCGAAGACGAGAAGGUGUAUAUUGGUGAUGGGCGAUACGUAUACGAGGACGUGUGGGCCCUGAUGCUUAUGAAAAAUGAUUCGCGAUUCGUUCGAGACAUGGCCGAAGCAUUGUAGGGCAGAGACACUCUGCGCCAGAGAUGCCUGCGUAAAAAAAUUCCGGAAAUGUAGACGUUGGGGAAGAUGACAGCAUAAAGCCUUUGACCCCAGAAAAGUACCAGGACCUUCAAAGAGUGUGACAAAGAUGGAUUUGAUCCGUUCAUUUUUUCGAGA